CGCAGCUCCGCCCCAGUCAGGCCCCUGUCUACUCACGCGUUCUGUGCCUCUCGCCCUGUGGACCCUGCUACCCUGCUUUGCCACUGAGUGUGUGCUCGAUCGUCCAGACCCGACGGUGACACCAUGUUGGGCAUGAUCAGAAACUCACUGUUCGGGAGCGUGGAGACAUGGCCUUGGCAGGUUCUGAGCACCGGGGGCAAGGAAGAAGUCUCCUAUGAGGAAAGAGCCUGCGAAGGGGGCAAGUUUGCCACUGUGGAAGUGACAGACAAGUCUGUGGAUGAGGGUCUCCGGGAAGCAAUGCCCAAGAUCAUGAAGUAUGUGGGUGGCACCAACGACAAAGGAAUUGGCAUGGGCAUGACAGUCCCUAUUUCUUUUGCCGUGUUUCCCAAUGAGGAUGGCUCCCUACAGAAGAAGUUGAAAGUCUGGUUCCGGAUUCCAAACCAGUUUCAAAGCAGCCCUCCGGUUCCCAGUGAUGAGGGUGUCAAGAUCGAGGAGCGGGGCGCCAUCACUGUCUACUCCACGCAAUUCGGUGGUUAUGCCAAGGAAGCUGACUACAUUGCUCAUGCCACCCAGCUGCGUAACGCCCUGGAGGGCACGCCGGCCACCUACCAGGGUGACAUUUACUACUGCACCGGGUACGACCCUCCCAUGAAGCCCUAUGGACGUCGCAAUGAGGUCUGGCUUGUGAAAGCAUGAGUCAGUGAACGAACUGAGAACAUUCUGGAAGGGUGCCUCUGUGUCCCCUGACUUGGGGUCAAGAGGGCAGGGACUCUUCCAGUUCCAGCUUUCCUUCAAAACCCCUCACUGCCAGGUUUCUGAAGUAAGCCAAGACUGGCAGCAUCGUUCUUGUUGGGUUAGAAAAUUCUCUGGCAGAUCAGAAAAAUCCCGGCGGCAUUUUGUCAGCCAUCUGGGUCACUGAAGACCGGUUUUUUAAAAAUUACCGAAGUUGUAUUUUUGUUAGUGAGCGAACAUGUGGUGUAUGCAUGAGCUUUCGUCUGUGGUUCUUUUGAGAAUCUUGUCUAGAAAGAAGCCAAAAAUACAAAUCUUUGACUUAAGCAGCA